AUGUGUAAUGCAUCAGUGGCAAAUUUACUUGUUAUCUGUGUCGAUCGUUACUUUUCCAUUUCAAGACCUUUGACCUACAGAGCAAAUAGGACGCCGGUAAAGCGGCAGGAGCGCAAGGCAGCCAGGACGUUGAGUGUCAUACUGCUGGUGUUCAUCAUCACAUGGACGCCGUACAACGUCCUGGCCGUUCUGAGUCCUCUGUGCCCUUCCUGUGUGAAUGGAACUGCGUGGUCAUUUGCCUACUGGUUGUGCUAUUUGAAUUCGACAGUUAAUCCGUUCUGCUAUGCCCUCUGUAACGCAAAUUUCCGAAGAGCUUUCUUCAACAUUCUUCGGUGCAACUGCGCCUCAUACAAGAAGAAGAAAUGA